AAGAAAAAUCAGAGCGGAAAAUAUAAAAGCACUAAAAGUCAAUUUGAGUCAUUAAAAUGAACAAACGUGAUAAAACGGGCAAAAUCAAAGAAAAUGAAGAGAGAGAAGGGGAAAAAGUAACGCAAAAAUAGAAAGACUAAGAGCAACAUUUUACUGAUGCAGCAAUAAGCUGUCACUUUUUCUCCAUGGAGACACCACCCAGCUGACGGUGGUGAAAUGGUUAACCUGAGACAUGAGUGCAGCUCCUUGUUGAGAAUUGGGUGGAUGAAGCAUUUUUUUUGAUUACACAUUCGAAGACGUCUCACCCCUCACCUCUCCCUGCGGUGAUGCUGUGCGCAACUGCGUGACGGAGUCGUGUGUGUUCAAAACACCACCCCAUCACCCAUGUCAGACUCAAAUGUCUCUGUGUUGGACCUCUUCAGCCAGAGACAACCUCACAUUUUAGCCAUGGAGAAGUUUGCGCUCGUACUGAUUCUCGUGUUAGAUGUUCUGGUGCGUUUGGGUACCGGUCAGCACCAUUUGCGCGCACGUGCGGAACCGUGGAGACACCGGAUUCAGUGGGAGAACAACGGGCAGGUGUACAGCUUACUGAGCACGGGGAGUCAGUAUCGCUCACCUGCGCAGGUCCGAAGACGCACUCAGCUCUUAUUGACAACCAGAAACAGUUUCAACCGACUUCACCCUCCUGUUGCGCUCAGUAGAUCCUCCAGGACCAGACCUGGAUACCUCGAGGACGCAGCCGGGAGACACUCUCAGCAAAACGACGUCAGUCCGGUGGACGCGGCAGUUCUCGGUGCUGAUGCGGGUCAGUAUUUACUCGCUGCGGGACCACCCGGGCCGCGCAGUCAGACCGGAGCGCGCCUCGCAGCUUCUGGAGAGGCUGCGGGGUCCCGUUCACAGCUGGCACCGUCCAACCGCAGCUUCAUCCAGGAGUUCUCCGGCAGCGGGGUGCCACGCGGAGGACGGAGCACACCUGGAGAUGACGCUGGCGCACAGCAGGCCACUGCGUCACCGGUGAGGUCGCCGGACUUCGCGCACAGCCAAGGUGGCAGGACGAGAUCCGAGAGCUCAGAAUCACCUGCCACAGCUGGAUGGGUCACCGUGGCUGCGGAGGAUGGAGGGAAUGCGCGUCGCAUCCAGCAGCAAACCGGCUUCGGAGACGCUCGCAGAGCGCAUCCACUGACCAGAAACACAGCGGAGUCAAACGUCUCUCCAACAGCGCUCUCCAGUAACUCCGUAGAAAUACACUUUCCUCGACCGAGGCCGGAUCCAGCACGGGCUGCGGACAUGAGCGACCCGAGGGAUCCGCACAGCAUCCAUCACAGGAACUCGGUUUACUAUGAUGUUUACCCACCGGACCGCAGGAACAGGGUCACUGUGCGCCCUGCACCUGGGCCAGGCUAUGGCACCAGGUUCUUCCACAACGGCCUGCCAGACUUGGUUCCUGAUCCUUACUACAUCCAAGCUGCCUCUUAUAUCCAGAGGGUGCAGAUGUACGCUCUUCGCUGCGCUGGUGAAGAAAACUGUCUUUCCAGGUCUGCGUAUCAUCCGAGUGUGAGCGACCUCGACUACAGAGUCCUGCUGCGGUUCCCACAGCGUGUGAAGAACCAGGGAACAACGGACUUCCUCCCAGUGAAGCCCAGACAUGAGUGGGAAUGGCACAGCUGCCAUCAGCACUACCACAGUAUGGAGGCCUUCAGCAACUAUGACUUGCUGGACAUCUCCACUGGACAGAAGGUCGCAGAGGGACACAAGGCAAGUUUCUGUCUGGAGGACACGUCCUGCGACCCGGGAAUACGACGACGCUUCGCCUGCACUGCUCACACACAGGGGCUUAGUCCUGGUUGCUAUGAUACAUAUCACGCCAACAUCGACUGUCAGUGGAUUGACAUCACUGACGUCCCACCUGGAAACUACAUACUCAAGGUGACCGUGAACCCGUCUCAGCUGGUUCAGGAGUCAGAUUUCUCCAACAACGAGGUGCUCUGUGACAUCCGGUACACAGGAAGCUACGUCCAGGCAAGAAACUGUAGGAUCACUAUAAGCUGACCUGAUUCUCCCAAAGACACUCUCACUACCGUCUUGUUGCUCUGAAUUUAAAGUUGCUACAGCUGUUUUACAUUUAAAUGUUUGUUACUCCAUAAAUUAAUCUGUAUGUAUUUAUGUCAUAUGAUAUAUUAUAGCGACGGCUAAGGCUGGCCGGAUGUUAAGCUAUGUUGAUUUUAGCAAUGCGAGACUGUACCGUCAGCUGUGCGUGUGCAGAGGACUCGAGGAAAGCGUCUCAGCAUGACUCACGAAUAUAAAGAAAACUAAAUAUUUUGUCAAACGUUUGACUGAAUUGGUGCUUUUUCUGGAAAAAAAAAACACAAAACAGUGGUGCUGUUCUCCCCUGAAAUUUAUCAACAUUUUGUCUUAAUAUCUUUUCAUGCAUACAUGUCAAGCUGUAUGAUAAGUAUCAUUUUUGUGUAUAUUACCCUUGCACAAAUGUACAGUCUGUUCUUUUAAAAUCUGGUGAAAGGGCUGAUUGUUUCAAAGGUUUUCUGGAUUUUUUUUUCAAUGUUUUAUAAUAAAGUUUUAAAUGUUUGUUUUUGGAAACAAAAAGUGCCAUCGAAACCUGGUGCCUCUUUUAAAAAGCUGGUGUAAAUAAUCAAUACCAGUUGGAUAAUUUGAACAGAUAUUUGACGGCAUGAAGUCACCUCCACUGUCCAAUACAAGCUGAGUGCCGUUAGUGUAAAGGAGUGGUGCAUUUCUAAAAUGCUUCUGGAAUAACACACCUCUGAGAAAUACCUGCAAUAUUCCACUUAGCGUGUUUAUGUCACUCGGAAAUGUCCGGGCUUCACACCACAGGCCUGCUGUCGGCCUGUUGGUCAUGUUGUGUUAGAGUGGAUGAGUGAUUGAGAAAAAACAUUUAUUCACCUGGAAAUAACUCCAUGUGAGGUGUCUGGGAAUGUCUCGCUCUGUUUGCACUUUGUCACAGGAUUUGUUGGGAACACUGUCUGACUGCUGCGUGGAAAUGUAAAAAUAAUCACCGCAACUAUUUUCGUUGACACAAUUCAUUAUUUUUGCUCUAUGUUUGCACUGUUCUUUGCAGUCCACAGCAAAUAGAUUGCUUCAUAGUCGUGUAAUGUUAACUAUACCGUAGAGCAUAAAGGUUAACUUGACUGUAUAAACUCUUGCGUUACAGUCGUACAAUUCGGAGGACAGCUCAGAUCGUUUUGUACGGUUCGGCAAAUUCGUCUUCUUCAAUUUUUGUACUUAGUCAAGUGAGAGGAACUUUCUCGCCUCGCCUGGUUGAAAGAGGGAAAAAGUUUCAGGGUGUUUAUGGGAUGAAAAUGCAGGUGGAUGUGUGCCGAGGGCGUGAAUUUUUCUCCACUGUUCCGCAGCAUCUGUUGCUGUGCCAGACGUCUCACCUCCCUCACAAGGUGGUUUCAGGAGUCUGUUUUAAACCCAGUGUGCAGGUUUGCUCCUUGUCUGCUGGACUGAUGAGUCCUCCUCCAUCUGUUAUUUCACACUUAAGUAGUCAGACUGGAUGUGUACACUGCAUUAACAUAGUGUUCAUUCAUUGCUGACACUCACUAAACAGUGAUGAAGGAUGUGGUCUGGCCUUUAUUAAAGGUCCAAUUUGUAAGAUUGAGAACACUGUAAAUUUUAAACAUUGGCCUCACUUAAAAAAAACAAAGAUGAGGCAACUCACAUGUGAUUUGUACAAGCUAAUAAAAAAAGAUAAAACUUAAAAUUAUUAGUUCACUGUACUUGAUUUUGAGAUAAUCUGUUUCUUGUGCUUUUUUUUUUCAUCAUGUCAGAUUGGAACUUGCUUUACAUUGUCCUAAAGCUGCAACACUAUUGUGGUUGAGUUCAGUGGUUUCCUUUCAUUCCACAAAUGUAAAUUUACUAAGAAAACACACAAAAGUUUGUUUUGGGGAGUUUUUGUAUUGCAGUUCGUCAGUGAAUCAACCAUUUUCCCCAAGCGUGUCAUUUCAACAGAAUAACAGGACGCUGUGUGAAAAUGCUAAACAAAAGAAUAAAGUUUGCUUUGUCUUUGAGUCUGUCCUUUCAAUAAUAAAUCAAACUGAGUGAGAUCAGAAGCAGCGCUGGUGCUGGUGCUGCAGUUUGAGUCUGCUCAGGGAACUAAGCGAGUGCCGCACAGUGUCCCUGCAGUCUCGCCGGUUGGCUCUGACGCUUGUUGACUGGAGUCUCAGACGGUCGGGACUCUGGGCACGGCCUCACAGACAGUCAGCCCGUGAUAAGCUUGGUUUCUGUGGUCAUCAGCAGUUUGCAGUCAGGUUUUCCUGGCCGUCUGUGGAUCUGUGGAAUUUCUCUCCUCCUCGCCAUCUCCAGCGGGGGCAGGCAGGGCCGAUCAUCGGCACCUCUGCACGCCCUGCAGGCUUAGCACGUCGGCCGGCCCUGGGCAAACAGCACCUGGAGCGGCGGAGGAGGGUCUGCCCUGACCCUCCGUCACACUCAAAUUCACAUCAGCGGAUCACCUCGAGGCUUCUCUGACCAAAGAUGGCGCGGGCUCAACAGAGGGGCCAUGUUUGGAUAAGAGGAUGAGUGAAACGGGUUCAAGCCCGGUGCGAUGUGGAUGUAAAGUUUGUGGAGCGCUGAGAUUCUCUCUCGUCGUCUGAUACACUCACAUCUUUGCAUCCAUUAAAACUUCAUCAUAAGAGGGAUG